AGAUAAACUAGAGCCUCUAUUAUUCUAUAAUCAGUGAUAGGCUGCUAUUACUAUUUACUAUAUAUCUAUAUAGAGAGAUAGAGAGAGAUAGAGAGGGGAGACCAAUUCAUGUCUGUAAGCAGGGUUUCCUGUCGAAUCACGCCAUAGUUGAUAGUCCCCACACACACAAAUAUUCAAAUCAUUCACAAAUCUAACAGACCAUAAGAGUGGGAUUGGGCUCAUCUUGUUUGAGUUGCUUCUCACCCCUUUACAGAUAGAUUAGGAUUUAGACAUUUUCGACAUGCUCGCUUCUCAUCAGAUUUCCAACUGUUUUGCUCCAUCAUCCAUUUGUGUCGUGCAGUGUUGUUGGGUCUCCUCCGUUUGGCUUAAACGCAAGAAUCUCAUCUGCCUUCUCUUCUUCACACUCAUUUCUCUUCUCGCUCCUCGAUCCAAGGGUUAGUUUUAGUGUUUAUUGUUUUGGUAAUAGUUGAUUGGUUUUAGAUCAAACAGGAAAGAAGAAGAAGAAGAGUACUCGAUCGAUUGUCCCUUGGAUUUCAAUUAAUUUGGUCUUCUUUAAUUUCUAAGUCAUGGGUUUGAGUUCGAAGCAAGUGUCUGUUGAUGGGUUGGUGCUGGACUGGGGCCAUGGCUUGUUGCAGCCCGGAGCUUUGGAUCUUUCGAAGCCUCCUCAGUCGCCUCAGGUGAGGCAAGAGCAGCAGCAAGAGCAACAGCAACAACAGUCGACACCGCUGAAGUGUCCGAGGUGUGAUUCAACAAACACCAAGUUCUGUUACUAUAACAAUUAUAAUCGGUCGCAGCCACGCCAUUUCUGUAAGGCUUGUAGGAGGCACUGGACCAAAGGAGGCACACUACGCAAUGUUCCAGUUGGUGGUGGGCGUAAGAAUAAGCGGCUCAAGACCACCCAUAAUACUACCACCACAACAACAACCACCGCCGCCGGUAAAGCUGCGAAUCCUACCACCUCCACCAGUGGCCGUGUAAGUCGUAAUACUACAAACAACAUGGCAAUUCAAGCUCAACAGCAGUUGCAGUUGCAGCAGCAACAACAUCUUCCUCUUCCAUUUGGUGAUUCCAGAAGUAUAUCUGAUAUCCUCUACCAGUCGCUUCUUCAUCCACCAACCUCGUCAUCGCUGCCUCUGUCUCCGCAGCAGGAUUAUACUAACAAGGUCAGUAGCAACGACGACGGCGAAAUCAUCAACAUCAGCAGUGACAGCUUACUGGGUUCGCCGUUAUCUUUGCCUCCUAACCCCAUCUUCCCCUUUACAAGCUUAAGCUCCUUCGUCGACAACCCCACUUCAAUGUCCUCUUUCACCUGUGGCUUUCAACCAUCAGAUGUGUACAAUAGUUACACCGGAGAAGCCGAAACCGCCGAGGACUCCACCAUCACCACCACAACCAUCACCACCACCAACACCACCACAAUGCCCACGACACCGCUUUGGCAAACGCCCACCACAAGUGGUUUCAUGGAUUCGACGAGCUACUGGAGCUGGGACGAUCUCACGUCACUAAUCACUACUGAUGUGAAGCAGCCUUGGGAUGAUAGCCUACAAUGAUGAAAGAGGAAUCGUCUUUCUCGUCAGUUGCUUACGCAGCAUCCUCUCUCUCUGAGUGUAUGUGAGUGUGUGGAGAGGUUGACGCUUUUUUUUUUACCAUUUUCACCCUUUUUUUUCUUAGUUUUAUAUAAUAAUAUUUUACAUUCUAAACUGUCACAUAUGUUGGGGUGCUUGCAAUGGAGAAGAGAAGAUCUGCAAUGGUGUCUCUCUCUGUAACUCUUCUUACUGAGACAACGACUGUUUGAAGCUGUCGUUUUUUAGUUCAGGCUUCAGGCCAGUCCAACCGUCUGUCUUUCUCUGCCUCUCUUUUCUCUCGUUCUGGAUUUAUGCGUGUAUUUGUGUUGUCUUCUUUCUUCGACAUGAUGAGAUCAUAGAAUGCUAUGAACAGUAUAAUACAAAUGUAAAGCAGAGUGUUUUUUUUUUUUUCAGCUUUGAGAUUUAGAUGAGAUGGAGAGGAGUCAGAAAGGAGGGCUACAGGGCCUUCAACAGCUGGGCUGGCUGGAUGUUGAUUCAUGCAUGUAUUCUGUAGAUUUAAUUUCUCGAUCAACAAUUUGUUUGGAAUCUCAUGAUCAAUUUUCUC